CCGCGGGCCGUUGGUGGUUCGCUCUGCGGCAGCCGUACCGGCCCAGGACCGUUGCUGGUGGCUCUGCAACCCCAGCCCAGGGCGUGGCACAGCCCCCGGGUGCGUCCCGCUGUCGCUGCCCUGAGGCAGGACCGUGCCCGCAUUCCUGCCGCGGGAUGAAGAGGAUCUUUGGGUUCGGGAGGAAGAGGAAGGGGCAGCUGCCGUCUGGCAGUGCGUCCCUGUCCAGCCCCACCGGUGCCUACGAGCUCCGGCAGAAGGACCUGAACAAGCUGCACCGCGCGGCCGCCAGCGGCGACCUGGCCCAGGUGCGGCAGGGGCUGAAGAAACACAACAUCGACGAGCGGGACAAGGCGGAGCGGACACCUCUGCAUCUCGCUUGUGCGAGCGGCCAUGUGGAUGUCGUUACGUAUCUAGUAGAAAACAAGUGUAAGCUAAAUCUUUUUGACAGUGAUAAGAGAUCACCACUGAUGAAGGCAGUACAGUGCCAGCAGGAGAAAUGUGUGGAUAUUCUACUAGAGCGUGGUGCUGACCCAAAUUUGGCAGAUGCUGAUGGCAACACUGCCCUUCACCUGGCUGUCCUAUCUCCUAAUACAGCUAUAGCAGGGCUAUUACUUGAGUAUGAUGCCAAUAUCGAUGCCCAGAAUAAGGAGGGAUGUACCCCACUUGUUCUUGCUGUAUCCGAACACCAUGAAGAAAUAGUCGAGUUUCUCCUUAAAAAAGGAGCUGAUGUGCAUGCUCGAGAUCAGUGUGAAAGAACCCCACUUAUGACUGCUGCUUCUGGUGGGGAGCUCAAUUUGAUAAAAGUUCUGCUUCGGUAUGGUGCUGAUGUUUCCCAUAAAGAUGCCAACGGAUGGACAGCUGAGGAUUAUGCUGUUAUUAAUGGGUAUCCUAGUCUUAGUAAACAAUUGGCAGAACGUGCAGACUGGGAGAACAGAGGAGAAGGUGGUGCACAAGGCAUUAUGGCACUUGGCACUCCUCACCGGGCAGGAGCUGUUGGCUUUACAUUGGGUGCACCUGCUGUGGACAGAGGAGGAAUGCAACAGUCUCCUAACCAGACAUCAAGAACAGAAAAAUCAAGGAAAGCAAUAGAUGACUUCUCCCAAGGAGACUCAGUAAGAAGCUCUGAGAAAGAGGAGAGUGAUGACAGUUGGCAUACUUCUGAGGAAGAAGAACUUGAUUUUACUCCCAAGAAGCUGCAGAAGCCAAACUUGACCCUGUUAAUGAAUGCUUCGCAGCAGUUCAGGAAAAACAAUGAUGGUGAUGGUUCUAGAAUUGAAAGUCCUAAGUCACCAAAGAAAAGCCUCAAACAAAGAACCCCAUCAGAUGCAAAUUUGAGCAAAGGAGAAUGUGGAAAAUCAUUGAAUAGAGAUGUCUCAGAUGCAAGCAACCUGGAGGAAGAAGAAUUGGAGGAGCAGGAAGAUGAUGAAAAUGACAAUGAAGAUGAUGAAGAUUAUGAGGAGGAAGAAGAGGAAGAAGAAGAGGAGGAUGAAGAUCUUACUCAAGAUGAAAAAGAGGAGGAAGAUCUGGAAGAUGAAGAAACUCAAUCUAAUGCCAUACUGGAGGAGAAGCAGGGGGAGAAAACAGCACCUAAAGGGGAAAUUAAUCAGAAAUUGGGGUAUUUUAGUAACACUAAAUAUGAUGGAAAUACUCAGUGUGGAACUGGAGAUGUCUGUGAUGAAGAUAAAAUAAGUCAAGAACUUGAUGAAAAGGUAGAGGAAUCUGUUGAUACUCCCGUGUCUUUUAUAGCUGGGUGUUAUGAAGGAUUACAGGAAAAUAUAACUGCCAUGUCUCCAAAGAGAAUGAAUAAUGAAGUAUCUUGCAAGUCAGUACCAAAGCAAGCUGUCUUUCAGAAUCUAAAUAAUUUGCAUAAUACACCAGAAAGUUGGAACAGGAAAAGCACGAUUCAGGAGAAGUAUCACAGAAAUGCUGACUCCUGUUUUGCAGACUCUGAUGUGACAGACUGGAAAAAAGAGAUACCUCAGCCUCCUUCAGACAGUUGUGAUCUUAAGGAGAAAGAGUCAAGCUUCAGCGAUAGCUUUGAAAGUGAUAAUAAUUCUUGGUCAGCAACAAAAAACCAAGGGCUUGAAAGUCAAAGACUGAACUCUGGCAUUCUGGAACACAUGAAUGAUGAAGAUGCUGAAGAAAAGCAGUAUGAAGGAGAUGAUAGAGUCCGUGAAGCACUGAAACAAAGUGAAAACUUGUGCUUAAAUAGGCAUGAAGAAAAUUUAAGAGUUCACUCAAGCACCAAAGAAGAAUCACUUGAAAGAGAAGAAGAGGAGGAGGAGCAAGAGAAGGAAGACACUGAUGAAAAGCUACAAACUGCAGUUGUGGAGAGUGUGAAAAAUUCUAUUAGUAAUGAUAGCCAUCAAGUCCAGAGUGCUUCAAAAGACAACACUGGUGCCCUGGCAGCAAUUGGAGCAGAGGAAGAGGAAGAUGCUGAAUCUCCCUGGGAUUCUGAGGUAGAUUCUGAAAGUCUGAGGAAAGCAUCACCCAAUGUGUUGGUCCCGGCUGCAGACAGACAUGGAGCAUGCUCAGAGGCUGUUUCAGAGGAGCGCAACGACGGCUUUUCAGAGAAACCCAGCAAUUCCCAAAAGACUCCCGAAUUUGUUUUAGAAAUGAAUGAAACUUCUCCUACAAAAAGGCAUCAGACAUCAGAUUUAUUGGAGGAAUUUGGUUUAGGAGAUGCAGAGGAUAUUGAAGAUGAGUACUCAGUUUCUACCUUUCAUAUGUCAUCAGCUGAAAAAGAAGACAUCAAGAAUGACGUUGAAAACUCUGGGGUGCAGGAUAAAUAUAUUUUAGAAACUACCAGCUUUAUAGAAAAAGCAACACAUGAAAAUCAGACUGACAAAGCAGAAAUUUUACAUCAGGAAGCACUAGCAGAAAAUGAGGAAUCGCACAGUGCUGUCAAGCAGUUAAGUCCAAAGACUUGGGAAGAAAGGUACGAAAGAAUGUGGGUUGAAAAUGAGAAAAGGGAAUUGAAAACAAAUUUUAAGAACAUUACAGCAGAGCUGAAGCAACUGUUUGGUGAAAUUAAUGAAAUUGGGAAAACUACUUCCCUUGAAGAAGAAAUGUCAGAAGAUGGCUUCAAUGAAAAAAUGAAGAGUUCUCGUGUUGUUUCAUCUUGUGCAACAGAAUCAAAUAAUAACUUAGAAAAUCAAGAUGAAUUUGGAGGUAUUAAACUUAUGGUAGGCAGAAAAGUACCCAAAAUGGAAAUUGUACUUUCAAGUCUUAGUGUCCUUUCCACUCAAAGUAACUUAAAUGCAAACGUGGAAGUUACUUGGAGCACAGAUGAAGAAGAUAAUACAAACUAUACAGAUAAUACAAAGAUGCCUCUAGCAAAAGGAGAGGAAAAGAAAAUGCCUACGACGGAAGUGGAAGAGAAUGAAAAUGGAAGUAGUGGAAACGUGGAGGGAAGUCCUGAAUACUCCAUGAGGCAUAGCUUAAAAACAAGUGUUUUGGAUGAUGAGUCUAGUAUUCUUCCUAAAAUAAGACCUGUUUUUACAAGUGAUGAAAAUGCACUUUUUGUAACAGAUGGGAGACUUGGAAAAGACUCUGGAUGUAAUGAUGCUCUCCCCAGGGACUGCCUUAUCGACAAUAAUAAAAUAGGAGAAACAGAAAUUGAAAGUCUCUUUGCAAAUGCUCAGCAAUCAUGUGGCAGGAGUGUUGAUGAAGAACUAAAACAAGAUAUGGAGAGAUUUAAGAGUAAGGUAGGAAUGCUGCAACUAGUAUUCCUGGCUUUGGAGAAAGAGAAGUUACAGCUGCAAAAAGAGGUUGAGAAGGAAAAAAGCAAAGAAAGACGUUUCAAAACACAGGUGGUGGCAAACCAAGAAGAUCUUGAUAAUUUAAAUACACCACCAGGCAACGUUACUAAUCAGCAAGUAAAACAAAAGCUUACUCUGACGACAAAUGACUACUUGAAAGUGGAGAAUGAGAACACUAAUGAAGGAAAAAAGAAUUUUUCAUCUGCGGAGAGAUCAAAAUUGAUUAAAAUGCCAAUGAAAGGUAAAUUUGCCCUGAAUGCCAAAGUUGCAAAGAAAACUAAAAGACAUGCUUCAAAGCAGAAGGCUAAUCGCCAGAUGAGCUCUUCCAGUGGGAAUCAUUUUCAAGUAUUGGAUGACAGCACUUUCAGUGAAACAUCUCAAGAUGAAGGAAGACCUGCAGCAAAAUCGGGGAGUGAAAAGAACAAGGUCAACAGGCAAAUAGAUGUAACUGAUGACUUUGAUUUAACUCACUCAACUGACACAACUUCAGAGGAUGGCGAAUUACCAACUUCGAGCUACAAAGAGGCUGUGCUGCUCUUAGAACAGCUUAGUGUUGAUCAUGCAGGUUCUGAUAUUUUGUGCAAAAUUCAAAACAUACUUCUUGAAUAUGAAAAGAUAAUAAAAUGUGAAAAAAAUCGGUAUACAGCUGUCUGGAGAAAAGUAAGGAAAUUGGAAAGUGAAAAGAAGUCACAUUUCAUAGCAGAAGAGACUCAAGAUCUGAAAUCCAUAUUAGCUCACCAAGAAGUGGAAUGGAAAAAUGACAUCCAAAGUCUUAAAUUUGCUUUGAAACAAGAAGAGGAAAAGAGGCUCAGAGUAGAAACACUGCAUGAGAAAACAAAAGAGAAACUUAGAAGGCAAGAAGAUCAAUAUUGUAGAGAGAUGGAGGAGAAACAGCAACUUGAGAUAGACUCAAGGAAUUUGGAAAUGGAGUUGUUAACACUGAGAAAGCUUUUGAAACAGGUUGAAGAAGAGCGCGAUGAAACACAGAGACAGCUCUCUCAGGAAAAGAGUGCCAGAGCCCUGCAAGAAGGAAUUUUGAAUAACCACCUUUGGAGACAAAAGGAACUAGAAGAAGAGACAAGAAGAACUAUAGGAAAAAAUUCAGAGGAAUCCGACAGUGAGAGAGAAAAAGAUCUCUUGUACAAAAAUCAGUUGCUACAAGAUGAGAUUGCUAUGCUGAGAUUAGAACUUGAUCAGGUAAGACUUAAGCACCAAGAGGAAGAAGGAAAAUAUCUAGAGGAAAAUGAGACCUUGAAAGAAAAAAAUGAAGAUCUCAAAAAGGAACUUAAAUUGAACGAGGAAGCCUUAACACAAACAGUUUUCCAGUACAACGGACAGAUAAACUUGUUAAAGACACAAUCUGCAGUGCUGACUUCCAAACUUGAGCAAACAAAAGAAAGCAAAGACAGACUAGAAACAGAUAUUGAAUCAUUUCGUGCCCGCCUGAGCACUACUUUUCAAGAACUUGAACGUCAUCAGUCAUCAAAAAGUGAUAUUGAACGAACAUUCCAGCGAGAACGUGAUGAAUGGCUUCGCUUGCAAGACAAGCUCCAUCAUGACCUCUCUGAUGUCCGAGACACCAACAAGAGCUUGUCUCAGCAACUGAGUAAAGCUGAAAGCAAAUCUAAUGGUCUAGAAAAUGAGCUUCACCAGUUGAAACAAACACUGAGAGAAAAAACAUUGCUUUUAGAAAUGACACAAAAAGAAUUAAGUCAAGCCCAGUGUCAGGCAAAAGAAUGUGAUCAUGCACUACAACUUGAGAAGGAUCAAGUAAGCAAAUUUUUAAUAAAGCAGGAAUCCAUGCAGGAGCGAUUGGCCCAGCUCCAGAGUGAAAACCUUUUACUCCGUCAGCAACUGGAAGAUAUGCAGAACAAGGGCAUCAUCAAAGAAAAAAUAGUGAGUGACGUGCAGGACCGGUUUAAUGAUAUUUUCAACAAACUCAGAGCUGAUACUGAAAAGCAAGUUUACCUAGUAGAAGAGAGAAACAAGGAAUUAAAUGUCAAAUGUACUGAUUUAAGAGAACAAGUCUUUAAAUAUGAGACUGAUAAAGUAGAAAGAGAGGGCACGGUCAGACAGCUGCAGCAGGAGCUUGCUGAUGCCCUUAAAAAGCAAUCAAUGUCAGAAGCUUCACUGGAAGUUACCACACGCUACUGCAGCGACCUGGAGGAAGACAAGCUGCGCUUGCAAAAAGAAUUGGAAAAGGUUAAAACCAAGCUGCAGGACCUGGAAGAACAGCAGCUUCAUUCUGAACAUCAUGUUCGUGACUUGAAGAGUGCCUUGGAUAAGAAGGAAAGAGAAGUAGCAACUUCUUCCCAGAAAAUGCAGGACCUCCUGUUGGCAUCUUCUGAGACUAAUACUACUAUAAAACAACUGGAAGAACACGUGCAACGCCUUGAAAUUGAAAAUGCCAGAUUGGAAGCCACUGUCCAGCAACAAAGCAAUAGGAUUGAAGCCCUUCAGAGAGACUUGCAAGCCUCUGCCUCAGUUCAUAAUCGCCUGGAAGACUUGAUAAGUAGUUUACAGACAACACAGGCAGCCGCAGAGGACCAUCAGCAGAUGCAAAAGCAGAAUAUACUGGCUCUGGCAGCUAAGGACACACACAGCAUGUGGCAGGAGGAACUGAAGUUAAGAUCCCACCUUGAAGAGCGUGUUGCUCAGCUUGAUAGGGAAAAGGCUGAACUCUUAGAGCAGUGUGAGAGUGAAAGAAAGAAAGUGAAGAAGCUGGUAGAGUUGAAACGCCCAGUUGAACUGCGUCUGGACCAAGAAAUGAAAAGAAACAUUGAACUGCAGAAAGACUGUAAGAGACUGAAGAGGCUUCUAAGCAGAUCUGUGAAGAAACUAAGGGUGUAUGAAGAGAGAGAAUCCCAGCUUAAUUUUCAUGGAGAAAUGAAGAACAGAUAUUCUGAAAUGGUCAAUGAAGUUGGUAGAUUAAGAACAAAGGUUGGUGAACUUUCCCAGCAGCUGGAGAUUGAGUCUAAAAAGUGCAUGCAGCUAGAGGCACAAAAUCAGGAUUUGCGAGAAGAGUUGUUCACCAUGCGUGGGAAUCAUGAAAAACUGGAGAAGAGCAAAUGCCAGCUGAAAGAAGAGGUGGCUAACCUCAAACAGCGAUUGGACAGUAACAUGAUGGACCACAGCCAAAUAGAAAAAUACAAAAGGGAGAUGGAAGACCGAGCUGGACAGGAAAUAAGUCAAAAACUCCAAGAAGUCAAUCUGUUUUUGCAGACGCAGGCAGCCUCCCAGGACAGAUUGGAACAAAUCAGAGCCAGUCAUCACGCUUCACUGAGAAACCAGCUGAAGCACAGAAUUAGAGAUCUCGAAUGUGAAUUGGACAGGAUAAAAAAUACCCAACAAGACAGUAUUUUUCAAAAAGAAUCCACACAGGCAGAAGUGGAAAGAUACAAAGAGCUGUAUCUGGAAGAAGUAAAAAUUAGAAGACGCCUGACAAAUAAACUGGAAAGAGCUAAUGAGAGACUGGCAGAAGCUAACACGAAGCUCCUUCAGGAGCGCCACAAAAACAAAUCUCUAAUCACAAGCAGCAUUGUCAGUGGAGGUCUGGCUGCAAGUCCAGUUCUGUAUGCAACUGAACUGGGACAUCUCGGCAACAACUUGGCACUGAACAGAAGUCUGAGUAUAGGAGGAAGCUUCCUAAGCCCAGCUGCAAACACAUUAUCAGCAAGAAACACAGUUGAAGCCUAUGUGGCCAAGGUACGGCAGGAACUGGACGAAAAAGUCACUAAAGAACUCGAACAGGCCACUGCUGAACUUGAAAUGGGAUCUGCCGGAGCAUCUCCCAUGGGAUCUACUGAUGGAUCUUCAAAAAAUGUCCAUGUUGACCAGGAUCCCCUUUCCAGGGCAAUACAGGACUACCGAGACAUUCUAACCAAAAACUAUCUCAUUUGAACAAAAUGCCAGGGAAGGGCUCUGGCAAUUACGUUGUUUACAUAGUGCAUCCAUGGUUCAGAUGUGAAAAUGUGUUCAUUACAGUCUGAAUAUAAAUUCCAGGUCUUUUAAAUGGAUGUCAGGCACAUUGCACUUACCCAUUGGUUUAUUGAUGCAUGGUUGGUUUAUUUUGCACUCACAAUACUAACCAUAUCUGGCUUUUCUGACUGGCAGGUUGACUAAUUACAAUUCUUGAGCUUGACAGAGCUGUCAAAAUGUUUCUUACGAAGGUAGAUGUAUAUUUUACUCCGUUGAUGCCCUGUGUUUUAACAAAAGUGUUCCCGAUAUUCUGUUUAAUCUUUUUGCACUGUAUAUGUUUAAAGUUUCUAGUGUUAUUUUGAUGCUUAGGACAUUGUUUAAUGUGCUUUUGAGCUCACUGCAGUGAAUAUUUCUGCUAAUGAAGGGAAAGUUUUACCAGUGUUCAAGCUGGAGAACAGGGCACUUUACAUUGCUGUCACUUUAUGCACCUUAGGCUGAAAAUUACUGUGAGUGUAGAAGAGUGCCAAGAAUGUUGACAUGAGAUGUUUUGAGUGUGUUUGUUUUGUGUCACAGAACCACAGGAUGGGUGAGAUUGGAAGGGACCUCUGGAGGUCCUCUGGUCCAGCCCCCUGCUCAAGCAGGUCCAGCUUGAUCAGGCCACACAGGACCUAUCCUGAUCACCAUCCUGUGAUUCUGUGGUGCUGUUCCAUUUUGUACAAAUUCAUUUUAGUGAAGCUAAUACACUGUACUUAGU